AUGGCGGCGGCCACGGGGCGGCAGAGAUCAUCUGCUGUUAAGAUGGUGCUGGCGGCGCUCUUUGUCGCGUUCCGCGUGCGCGAGGCGGGGGUGACGCACGUGCUGGUGACGGGCGGCGCGGGGUUCAUCGGCUCACACGCGUCGCUGCACCUCCUCACGUCCGGCCACCGCGUCACCAUUGUUGACAACCUAUCGCGGGGCAACUGGGGCGCGGUGCAGGUGCUGCAGCGCAUAGCACCGGAGGGGCGGCUGCAGUUCAUCAAUGCGGACCUGGGGGACCCGCGCAAGGUAGAGGCGGUGUUUGCGAGCAACGCCAUCGACGUGGUGAUGCACUUCGCUGCCGUCGCUUAUGUGGGCGAGAGCAUGCAGGAGCCGCUCAGGUACUACCACAACGUGACGGCCAACACACUGACGCUGGUGGAGGUUAUGGGGCGGCACGGCGUGACACAGCUCAUCUACAGCAGCACGUGCGCCACGUAUGGCGAACCCAAGACCAUGCCCAUCACUGAGGAUACUGUGCAGGCGCCCAUAAACCCGUACGGCAAGUCAAAGAAGAUGGCGGAGGACGUCAUCCUCGACUACGCGCGCGCCAACCCUCGCCUCGCCGCCACCAUCCUCAGGUACUUCAACGUGAUAGGGUCGGACCCCAGUGGGCGGCUGGGGGAGGCGCCUCGCCCAGAGCUGAGGCACCACGGGCGCAUUACCGGGGCGUGCUUCGAUGCCGCCAUGGGCAAGAUUGACGGACUCAAGGUGAUGGGCACGGACUACCCCACAGCGGACGGCACGUGCAUCCGCGACUACAUCCACGUCACGGACCUCGUCAAUGCACACGUGGUCGCCAUGCACCACCUCACACCCGGCACUGUUAACAUCUACAACGUCGGCACUGGCAAAGGGUACUCGGUGCGGGAGUUCGUGAAUGCGUGUCUGAACGUGACAGGGGCGCCCAUAAAGGUGAUGGAGCAGAAGGCGCGGCGGCCGGGGGACUACGCGGAGGUGUACAGCGACCCCUCUAAGAUCUACCGUGAGCUCGGCUGGAAGGCCAAGUACACGGACCUCAAGGACUCGCUCGCCAUGGCCUGGCGCUGGCGCCGACUGCACCCCGACGGCUAUUGA